AUGAAGGCAUCUGCACUUCUUCAUCCCUACUGGCCCAGGGAUCUUGUGAUCCCCACCUAUGUGGCCAAUGACAGAUCCAUGGCAGAGAUCCUGACGUUUCUCUUCUCCGUGUCUGCGGUGUUUUUGCUCGUGACCUGGAUGGUUACUGGCCGGCUGGGCACACUGAGGCGUCUGGCCGUAUGCUGGUUCGCUGUCUGUGGGUUCAUCCAUAGUGUCAUUGAGGGCUGGUUCUCUCUAUACUAUGAUGUUAUUCCAGGAGACCAAGGUUUCCUGUCACAGUUGUGGAAAGAGUACUCUAAAGGGGACAGUCGAUAUGUAAUAGCUGAUAACUUCACUGUUUGUAUGGAGACCGUGACUGCGUGGUUUUGGGGACCAUUCAGCUUUUGGGCUGUGUUUGCGUUCUUAACUAACAAGCCAUAUAGAUUUGUCUUGCAGCUCAUACUUUCACUUGGCCAGCUGUACGGAGCUGUACUGUACUUCUUUAUAGAACACAGAGAGGGCUACGCUCACAGUGAGCUGGGACAUCCUAUCUACUUCUGGUUCUACUUUGUGUUUUUGAACGCUCUGUGGAUCAUCAUACCACUAGUGCUUAUUGUGGAUGCCUGGAGACAGCUGUCAGCCACCCAGGCACAGUCAGAUGGAAGGAAGUCUCACAAGGCAAAGAAACAGUAA